GCAGGCCACAGUGGCCCGGCUAGAGAUGAGGGAGUCUGCAGGGGGGUGAUUUUCUUCCUCGCCUUUUCCAACUCCCGAACUUCCUCUCUGGCUUCACUCACCGCCUCGGUAGUAGUCGCCUUCCCCGUGCGGGCCGAGGUGGCAGCAGCAGCCUCCACACCGUUUUACCCUCGCUGUAGGAGGUAGAAAAGUCAGAUGAAGUCAAAAGAGCGAUAGUGUGGUGGAAAAAGAGGCAGACAUUGCUCUCCUACUCUGCAGUUUGGCAGAGCACUAAGAUGUCUGUGGACAUGAACAGCCAGGGCUCUGACAGCAAUGAAGAGGACUAUGAUCCCAACUGUGAUGAGGAGGAAGAGGAUGAAGACCCUGGGGACAUUGAGGAUUACUAUGUGGGGGUGGCAAAUGAUGUGGAGCAACAGGGAGCAGAUGCCUUCGAUCCUGAGGAAUACCAGUUCACCUGCCUGACUUACAAGGAGUCCGAGAGUACCCUGAAUGAGCACAUGGUCAGCUUGGCCUCUGCAUUAAAGGUAUCUCAUGCAGUCGCUAAGCUUGUAUUAGUUAACUUCCACUGGCAAAUCUCAGAAAUUUUGGAAAGGCACAAGUCCAAUUCUGUCCAGUUACUAGUGGAAGCACGAGUUCAGCCAGCCUCAUCCAAACACGCCAUGGUACAUUCCUCUCAGCACUGCGCAGUAUGUAUGCAGUUUGUUCGAAAGGAAAACUUGUUGUCUCUGGCUUGUCAGCACCAGUUUUGCCGCAGCUGUUGGGAGCAGCACUGUACAGUACUUGUCAAGGAUGGAGUUGGAGUUGGAGUCUCCUGCAUGGCUCAGGAUUGUCUGCUUCGGACUCCAGAGGAUUUUGUGUUUCCAUUGCUACCAAGUGAGGAGCUAAAAGACAAAUACAGACGCUACCUCUUCAGGGACUACAUUGAGAGCCAUUUCCAACUGCAGCUUUGUCCUGGCGCAGACUGCCCCAUGGUCAUUCAGGUACAGGAGCCCAAAGCCCGCAGAGUGCAGUGCAAUCGCUGCAAUGAAGUUUUCUGUUUCAAGUGUCGGCAGAUGUACCAUGCUCCCACGGAUUGUGCCACCAUCCGAAAAUGGCUCACUAAAUGUGCAGAUGACUCUGAAACUGCUAACUACAUCAGUGCUCACACUAAAGAUUGUCCCAAGUGCAAUAUCUGUAUUGAAAAGAAUGGUGGCUGCAAUCACAUGCAAUGUUCCAAAUGCAAGCAUGACUUCUGCUGGAUGUGUCUGGGGGACUGGAAGACUCAUGGCAGCGAGUACUACGAAUGCAGUCGGUACAAAGAGAAUCCUGAUAUUGUAAACCAGAGUCAGCAAGCACAGGCCAGGGAGGCUCUUAAGAAGUACUUGUUCUAUUUUGAGAGGUGGGAAAACCACAACAAGAGCUUACAGCUGGAGGCACAGACAUACCAGCGAAUUCAAGAGAAGAUUCAAGAAAGGGUGAUGAACAACUUGGGAACGUGGAUAGACUGGCAGUAUCUACAGAAUGCUGCAAAGCUUCUAGCUAAGUGUCGUUACACGCUACAGUACACAUAUCCAUAUGCCUACUACAUGGAAUCUGGUCCCAGGAAGAAAUUGUUUGAGUACCAGCAGGCUCAGCUGGAAGCAGAAAUCGAAAAUCUUUCAUGGAAGGUAGAGAGAGCAGACAGUUAUGAUAGAGGGGACCUGGAGAAUCAGAUGCACAUAGCUGAGCAGAGGAGGAGGACCCUGCUGAAGGACUUCCAUGACACAUAAAAUAGCAGGAGCUGUCAGGGCGCAGGGGUGAGAACAAAGAGUAAGGCGGCGGUGAGAAUGGUAACAGAAGCAACAUGAGAAACUGAUCACCGAUUCCUCCGCAGAAAAGGGCUGAGGACAAGCACUGCACCCUCCCCUUGCAAAACCAGACACGAGCUAGCACCACGGCUUAGUCUUCUGUUUUUCUUCUGUCUUUCUACUUUUCAUUUUUGCCAGGCUAGAGGCUGGAGGUCAGAUUGGCACCUUUUCCUGGGACAUUUUCUUCCCAGCUCUUGGAUUGUUAUGGGAAGGAGUUCUAUUUUAUUUUUGUUUUUCCUGAAUGGCUGUUAAUACCAUUAGAUCAUUACAAACUUAUGUAAUUUUCAACAGUUGUACCAUUAUACAAAAUGAACCCUAGAAUAACACAACCCACUUUUUAAAAAUAAAUUGGAAUUGGAGUGUGUUUCCUUUUUAAUAAGCUGCUUGUAAACUUAAUGGCUGCUUCUUCUUCCCUGUCCCCUCCCUCCCGUCCCCACCCCAAAACCCUCUUUUGCACUGAAGGUUUUGAAAGUUCAGCUGUCUGUCCAUUGAUACCCCUUACGUGCACUUUUUGUAUUGUUUGUCCUAUGACCCCAUGGGAUGAACAGGGCCUAGGCCUGGAGACAUCGGUUGUGGCUGAAGGUCAAUACAGUUGAGUGGCUUUCCGGUUCUUCUAUGGCUGUGCUGGGGCAAUAGGGCAAAGCUCACAGCAGCAUGGGAAACAGUUCUAAUCCUACUGUUCCAUCAAUUUAAGGUUGUCUCCUGCAUGGAUUUAUUGUUUUGUCUUGUUUCUCCGGACUGCUGUUUUCUGCCAAAACUAAACUACUUGAAGGGGUUAUGGGAAUACAACCUUACCUUGCACAGUAACAGUCACUUGCCAUGAUCCGUCCAUGACUUGCAUAUCUGUGCAACUCAAUCAUGUACAACCAGAUUUUUUACAUAGUUGUAAGGUGAUAUAACAAGCUUGAUCCCUCUUGCCCUGACGAGACUAGAUUUCCUUACUGUGUGUCAAGGAGAAACUGUUACGUUUAAAUGAUGCUUGAUAAAAAUCUUGGCAGCAUAAAACAGAUCCUUAGAAACAUGUGCCAAUGGUAAGCUUAUACUGCUGUCCUGAAAACUAUUAUACUGCUGGCUGAAGAGCAACCAGCAAAAUUGAUGGGCAUGGUGCAUAAAUUGCUGUUUAAAUUAAUGGAUAGCCUGCUAUUGGCAGGGGACUCUUUUAACUCCCAAAUGUGUGUGAAUGUCAAAAUUUUCUCCAUGUUAGAGUCUAGCUUUAAAAUAUGUAUAAAUUUGUGUAGAAGGUGUGUGAACCACAUACCUAGUUAUGUUGAUAAUCCACUUUAAAAAGAUGGAACUGCUACCUUUUUCCCAAAGCUGCUUUGAUUGCUGGUUGACAUGAGAACAUCUUUGCCAUUUUGUUUACAAAAGCAUGUUGCACUGAACAUUUCUGUGUAUACUUGUCAUGACAUUUGGGGGCUGGAUGAGAAGGAUUGACUCGGAUCCUUAUUCUCUGCUUCUUACACCUGCCUUUCUGACCUUUCAGUGGGAACUGUAUUAGAGUUUUGGAUUUUGUCCUAGCUCUUGGAGGGAUUAUUUGUCAUGCCACCCUUUCCCCUUUUAGCUGCUGCUGCUGCUACUACCUCAGGCACUCCAAGAAAAGUAUUAUGCCUUUCAUCUGCUUUUGUUCCCUUAGUAAAUGACCUGAAGACCUUUUUAAUAUGACUGUCUACCACUGAGUAGCCAGUUAACACAGAUUAAACAAGUAGGAGGGAAGGUACCAGGCUAAGGAGGAGUGCCGAGGAGAGAGAUACUCCCCCUACAUCGCUUCCUCUUGACUCCCUGCGCCUUUCAGCCUUUCCCAUGCCAUUGGUCUUUUCUUUGUCUCUUGUAGCUGAUACAGCAUGAUGACCUCACGAGGUUUGCUCAUUUAACCCAUGUCUGUCUGCUGUAAGCGGAGAUCAUGUGAUUGUGUUCUAUUGGCUGUAGAUGUUUCCGUUCCUCUGCAUGAAGUCCACAACUGGGCCUUGAUAGGUAGAAACAGUCAAAAACAUUUAGCAAGAACAAAAAGUUCAUCGUGUAUGUGACUUUAGUUACCUACAGAGAUGUUAGUAUUCAUUCUCUUAUUGGUUUGAUGAGAUGUAGUACGUAAAAUGCUAGCACAGGAUUAUUUCAUUAAUCCAGUCACAGUUUGGAUAAAGAUCAGCCUCUUGAUAAGGGAGAGCUUUUGACUUCCUCAUUUCUGCUGUUUAAAUGCUGGCUUGGCCUCCUUGCUUGCUUACACAGUGCUCGGUUUUUAAAGGGGAUGAGGUUUUUUAAUCUUUGAAGUUAGGCUGAGGUGCCUGGUUCACUGAAUUAACUAUGUUAAGGCAUACAUGAAUAUUUGCAAUGUGUUGAAUUCAGUAGUAGCACAUUCACAACUUUGAAUAUCAAAGUAAAUUUCUCCAGCCCUGUAGUUUCUACAGUUUGGCAAUCGGAUUGCAUGAGUGGUGCCAACCUGGAACAAGGAGUUAAAAUGUGCUGUGUGAGCUGGUAUUGCAUGAUACUAAGGGCUACAGUCAACUUUGUGUAAGCAGAAUUCCACUUCUACAAGAGAAUAAUCCCAUCCACCCCUCCCAUGCGGUGAUCCCAAAAUUUGCUCCAAAGGGUCCCCAAGCCACCAGAACAGAUUUUUUGGGGAGAUGGAAGCUACAUGGGAAGGAGGGAUUUACUCUGCUGGUAGAUGCCAUUCUCUUGAUGAAUGGACACAACUGGAUUUCAGUGUAGUAGCCACCAAUGGUACUGGUAGCAUUUGUGUAUGUAUGCACUACUAUUUUUAGACCCAGAGUUUACAGAUGAGCAGGGGUUUUUUUUUCUUUUACAAACACUUCUUCCCUAUUCCACAAUUAUAUAAUGCUCAGCUGCUGUCUGAAAGAUUUCGGCAUUGGGAAUAGGCUAUGCUUUAGGAAUGUAUCUUGCUCUUCCCUCUGGUAAAGAAGAUGGUGUGUUUCAGUGUGAUCCUAGAUUAAAAAUCAUAUUUUCUUCUCCUUAGAAAAUUCUUGCCAAGUUCAUAAUGGGCUGGCUGGAAUGGCAAGACUGCAAUUAAGAAUUAGUGGAAUCUGAAUAUGGAAUAUUAGGUACUACAUUUUCCUCGUUGCAGGUUAACAUUCUAUACAAGGGGAUUUUGUCUUUCUCUUUGGCAGCUAUUUUCAUCAUUCAGGUUUUUAAAAUUCUGAUGUGGCUAGCUCAUGUCCCUAAUACUUUAUUUUGGUUUGGCUUACAUUUAAUAUGACAUGCCUCAGUUUGCUAAAACAAAUUCAAAGCAGCUACACCUUUUUUGUUUCUUUUCUUUUCUUUUCUUUUUUGCACCAACUCCUGAUAGUUAAUACUGAAGGUGUUCAGGUUAUUCCAAAUUCUCAUGGCCAACAAAAUUCUGUGUGACCUGAAAGCUUGCAUGCAGACACCAAAAGAGAUUGUACAGAUUAGGAGAUCCCCUAACCUCUUACAUGUAUGUAUAACGGAGUGCUGGUGUCCUAACACUCCUUUUUCUGUAGCAAUGACAAGAUUACUAUUGAUAACCUAAAAAUGAAUGUGGACUGUGUGCCAUUCUAGUGCUACAGGCAGAACAGGAGACUUAUUUUCCAUAUUAUUGCACUGUCUUGAUUCAUUUUAAAACUUCUGUUUCUUUUAAAAUCAGCUUCAUGUCUCAAUUCCUUUUUCUAGGAAAGCUCAUAAGCGCUCACUUAAGUCUGGACUGUUCAAAGUUUUCAGGUAGUAGCUUCUGCUAUGGGAGCUUUUUUAUUACACAGAGUGCUACGUUAUCAUGGCUGCCUUUGCUCUGUCCCUCACUGAGGUAUGGGGGCGGGAGGGGGGAGCUAUCUCAAGAAACUGCCAACACUUUUCCGGCAUUAGGAGGGGAACGGGCAAAGAAAAGAGCCCUUGACAUUCCCCCUCCUGAAAUUGUUUAUUUGAAAUAAAUUGUGAAUUUCUAAUUUUAAA